ACCGCCUUCUUCCUAUCCAGAACUUUCAAAUCUUAGUAGCUUCUUCAGCCUUAGUCUUGAUAGAUCAAAGUGAAGUUCAGAUAGCUUAUUGUGCCGCCUGUACCUUCGGAGAGGAAAAGAACCUGUUGCUUUGCACAGUGCCUGAUCUAGAUUUAACAAAUUUUGACAUUGUGCGGAGCGUUUGACUAAGCCACAUUAAUCUGUUGAAGUGAGCCUCAGCUUGGGCCUCUGUGGGGCAGAAACUCUUUGCAGAGCUGGAAAGUGGGUCAGAACAGUGGGUUAUGGGAUGGAUGAAGCAGAGCAAGAUCAGCAUGAAGCUCACCUCAAGGAGAUGUUUGACAGUUUUGAUGCCACUGGCACUGGGUCUCUGGGCCAGGAGGAGUUGACAGACCUCUGCCAACUGCUGAACUUAGAAGAAGUGACAUCAGCACUACAGCAGACACUGUUUCAGGAUAACCUCUUAGGCAGGGUAUACUUCGACCAGUUUAAAGAAGCACUAAUACUUGUUUUAUCCAGAACUCUAUCCUUUGAAGAGCACUUUGAAAAACCAGGCUGCUUAGCAGAAGUUCAGCCCAAAUACAUAAAAGACGGAAAAUGUUAUGGCCGAAGGUCUUUACCUGAGUUUCAGAAACCUUUGGGGGACUUUGCUGAAGUGAGAGUGCUUGAAUCAUUGAAUGAAGAAACUCAUUCUUCACUUGUCGCUGCCAGUGACUUCAAUGAGUGUUACAAGGCUCAGCAUAAUGAAGAAUAUGAAGCAGAAGGCCAGUUAAGAUUUUGGAAUCCUGAUGACUUAAAUGCCUCACAAAAGGGAUCUUCUCUUUCUCAAGACUGCAUUGAUGACAAACUACAAGAAAUUUGUGAAGAUCUGGCAAUAACUCAAGAUGGCCACUUGAACAAAAAGAAGCUGAUCUCCAUCUGUGAACAGUAUGGCUUGAGGAAUGUCAGCAAGGAGAUGUUUGAAAAUAUCUUCCAUGAUCUUAAGCCUGAUGGUACAAUGAGCAUAAAAGAUUUUUUCCAUGGUUUAUUUAAAAGUGGAAAAUCUCUUACAACAUCAGCAUCAACUCCUUAUAGACAGUUGAAAAGGCAUCUUUCCAUGCAGUCUUUUGAUGAAAGUGGGAGACGCACCAUGACUUCUGCAAUUUCAAGUUCAGUUACCUUCCGAUUAUUCUCCUGCCUUGAUGAUGGAAUGGGAUAUGGUUCUGUGGAGCAAAUACUUGACACCUGGAAUGAAGAGGGUAUUGAGAAUGGCCAGGAGAUCCUACAGGACUUGGAUUUCAGACUUGAUAGAAAUAUCAACUUAAUGGAAUUGACCUUAGCACUAGAAAAUGAGCUUUUGAUUACCAAAAAUGGCAUGCACCAGGCAGCCUUGGCCACUUUCAAGACUGAGAUCAGGCACUUGUUGGAGCAAAUUGACCUAGUAGCCAGAGAGAAAGAGAAGUUGCAGUGGGAUCUUGAAAAAGCUGAGAAACUAAAGUCUUUAAUGGCUUCUGAAGUGGAUGAUCACCAUGCUGCCAUAGAACACCAAUAUGAAUGCAAGUUAAAGAAACUAGAGGAAAUAUACAAGGAAAAGAUAGCAUCCUUCAAAAAUGACAUCCAAAAGGAGAGAGAACAGCUCCUGCAGCAGGUGGACAAACAGCAUUUGGAACUGGAACAGGAAAUAGAAAAAGUGAAAAUUGAAGAGAGCUACAUUCGGGACCGUCUUAGCUUUUCUUUAAAGGAGAACAGUCGUUUAGAAAGUGAACUACUGGAAAAUACAGAAAAGCUUACAGAAUAUGAGAGUUUAAUCACCAAACUGCAGAAGAAUUUGGACAAUGUGCUAUCAGAAAAGUUUGGUGAUCUAGAUCCCCACAGUGCUGAGUUCUUUUUGCAAGAAGAGAGGCUAAUCCAGAUGAAAAUUGAAUAUGAACAGCAAUGCAGACUGUUACAGGACCAAGUGGAUGAACUCCAGUCUGAACUGGAGGAAUAUCGUUCUCAAGGCAAAGUGUUUAAAGUUCCUUUCAAAAACUCUCUUUCUAAGGAGCUUGAUGUGAGACGUCACAGUAUAGAUCUUGACCAAGGAUUUGGUUCUGAAAAUUGUGAUCCAUCAAAUAUGAGCAUUGAAGCAGAACUGAUUAUUGAACAACUGAAAGAACAACAUCACAGGGACAUGAAAUGUUUAACACUGGAACUUAAGGAUAAAAUGAGCCAUUAUGAAAAGCAGCUAGAUGAAACCAAAGCCAACUGUGAAAAAGAGCAAGAAAAUGUGAAACAAAAGUACAAGAAUGAGAUGCAUACUUUGGAAAAACAAAUUAGUGCCCUUAAAAGUGAAAUUGCAGAACUGCAGAAACAGACAGUUGUUCUGAAAAAAGAACAACAACAAACAGACUGUAGGUAUAUGAAAGAGAAAAAUGAAUUACAAGUGAAAUUUAAUGAAGAAAAGGCUCAUCUCCAGGAGAAGUUGAAACUAGAACAUGAAGAAGCUCUUAAGAAUAGACUACAACAGGUAGAGGAAAGCUUUAACAGAGAGAGGGAGGAUCUCAUUCAAAAUGGUAUAUGGGCUGAAGAGAAGUUGAGAGAUUUAGUUAAAGCAAAGGAAGAAGAGAAAUGCAAACUGGAAGAAUUUUACCAGGAGCAGCUAAAAAGUUUAAUCGAAAAACAUAAUCUUGAGAAAGAAGAGCUACAAAGGAAACUACUAGAAAAGCAUCAAAAUAAACUGCAGGAGGAAAGGAAUAAAAUAGAAAUUGUAUAUAAUAGAAGAAAUGCUAAAAUAGAAGCCCAUUCUGAAUGCCAAAAAAUCACAAGCAAAUAUGAAGACUUCCUAAUAAACCUGAAAGUUUCCUAUCAGCAAGAGCUGAAGAAUUUGAUAGAAUAGCAUUAUGAGGAAAGAUCUGAGUGGGAAUUUGAAAAGGAUUAACUCAUCCAGGAUUAUGCUAAAGCACAAGAACAACUUAGAGAGACAUUGACACAUGAGAAAGCAACCUUUCUUGCUCUAACAAGAGAGCAAGAGAUAUUAGAGAAAAAAUAUAAAGAACAUUUAAUCAGCUUAAUGGAUGAGAAACAACAGCUGCAAAAACACCUAGAAAAGCUAAAGAAUACAUCUGAAAGCCAACAAAAAUUGUCCAAGCAAAUAUGACUCAAGAAUGAUCAUUGAAAAGAAUUUGAAGAUAGAGAGCAUUUCAUGUCUCAAGUAGAUGAUUCAGGGAAGCUAGAGAGGUAGAAACUUGAAGAAUGGGAGAUUAAGUAUGAGUAUGAAAAUGAAGAUAUGGCUUCUCAAUUUUUGACAGUGGAGAUCUUCAACAAAAAAAAAACUUAUAAUAAGGAAGCAGUCAGAAAGAAAGUUGAGCUAAGUUUAGGAAUCUCUAGACUUUUGAAUAAGAUGAAGGAAUUUACAGUAUGGAUGCUUACCACGCCUCAGAGUGGCUGCCAAGUAGAAGCAAAUGAAAAUGCAGACAUGGCUAAAGACAUGUCACUGCUUCAGCAAAGUACACAACUUUUGGAAGAAAAUGGUAAUAUUGUUAUAAAUCUGCAAUGGGCUCAUGAGAGGGCAGUAAAGGAUAAUGUCAAAAUGGCUGCUGAAAUCAUUAGGUUAUAUUAGAGACUACAAGCAUUAGAUCCAAAGUCAGUGACAGUUUCUUUAGAGUAAUCGAAUGACUUAUUCAGAUCUUCAGUGGAACAAAUAGAGACACUGUCAUCACAAAAGAGAAUAUUACAAGGAGAAGACAUUAUUACCCAUAUUCUGUGUAAAUCACAAGAUGAUAAUAUUCAAAAAGUGGAAAGGAUAGAAAUAAAUUCUUUUCAGAUGCUAAAAAAUAAUCUAGGAUCAUUAGAGAGUUUUUCUGAGUUUGAGAAUUAUGAAGUAACAAGCACUGAGAGUUUAGACCUAAUGAAUAAUCCUCAUCUUCAGGAGAAAUUGAAGGUCUUGCACACAUAAUGGGAUCAAGCUUCAGAAAACAUUUUUGCUGUUUCUAUUCAACAAAAGAUAAAAAUACUUGAGAAUAAUCCUGAGGCUACUUCCAAGUAUAGAAUGUUAUAUGAGAAUGCCAGUAGGGAAAAUUAUUGUCUUCAGGAAGAAUUCAAAAUGAUGGAAGUACAAUAUGACAAAGAAAUGAAAAAUAGCAGAGAUCUCACUUCAGAAGUUUUCAGGUUACAGACUGAGCUGAAGAAAUUUGAGACAGUAACUGAAGCAUUCCUCAAGAUUAAACAGACUUAUGAAGUUAAAACUGAAAGUGAAGACCUGAGGACUCUAGUUUUGAGACUCAAGGAAAAAAUUGGGAAAUUCCAGGAAAGAUCAAUGGAACAAUGUGAGUAUUUCUCAUUAAGUAAAAUUGGUUUAGAUACCCAAGAACUAAAAACUGAAAAAAAGAUAUUAGAACAAAAUAAAAGGGUGGAACAAUGUAGUGAAAAAAUUAUGAAUGUAGAGUCUAUUUUAAAAGAAUGUAAUCAAGACAACCUGGCCUGUGGGCAAGAAGACACAUAGCUUCUAGAAAAAAGAAAGAUAAAGAUAUUUGAAGAUUUCUGGCUUCAGGGAAAGAUAAACCCUGAAGAAAAGUCAAUUGGACAGAUACAAUUUAAAAAACUUGAGGAAAAUGCUGUAUUCUCAGAACUUCAAGGGAAAUAUCACCACCAUGACAUAAGAAUAGCAGAAUUAGAAAUGGAGAAAAACAAGUUACAGGAACUGACUAGGCAAUUAAGAGAGAAAGUAAUUAAUUUAGUUAAACAAAAACCUUUUUAUGGAGAAAAAGAGGAGGAACUGAAGUCAAUGAUGUAUGACUUACAAAGCACAUGCAGUGAGAUGCAGCACAAAGUUGACCUGCUGAGACAGGAGUCUGAAAAGUUUCAAGAAGAAAACUCUAUUUUAAGGAAGGAAGUUACCACUUUAAAUAAGGAAGGUAGCAUUUCUUAUCUAAAAUUAAGUGAAUUAUGGGGAUCUCAAGAAGAAAUAUGGAAAAAAAUAGAACCUAUAAAAAAGGAAAAAAUUGCUGUGCAGAAGAUGGUUGAAAACUUUAAAAAGCAGAUUUCAGAAUUAAAAGCCAAAAGUCAGCACUUGGAUUUAGAAAAUGCAGAACUUAUCCAACAGAACACCCAAAGUGAAGUAGAUCUUCAGUAUCUUCAACAAUAUUUAGCACAAAUUCUCUGUCAGAAAGAAAAAGAGAUCGGAAACUCUGUAUUGGAAGAAUGGGGAAAAGAAAGUUCAAAGCUAAAAGAGGAGCAAUACAGCUGCGAAGCAAAGGUUCAGAAUUUAGGUGAUUGUCUACAGAAUGCUAACAUUCAGAUGUCCCAAAUGAAGUCAGACCUACAAGUGACCCAGCAGGAAAAGGAAGCCUUAAAACAGGAGAUGAUAUCGUUACAUCAACAAUUGCAGAAUGUCAAUGGAAAGGAAAGUCAAAAGCAGCUGGUGAUGGCUAUGGAGGAACGCAUGCUAGAAGUUGAGCAGAAGUUGAAACUCGUGAAAAGACUUCUUCAGGAAAAAGUGAAUCAACUACAAGAACAACUUUGCAAGAAUACAAAAUCUGAUGCAGUGGUGAAAGAUCUAUAUGUUGAAAAGACUCAUCCAUUAAAAACUUUAGAGAUUACUGGAAAGCAGCAGAAAACAGCAGAAAAGAAAAAUUAUCUUUUGGAAGAGAAGAUUGCAAGCCUUAGUAAUAUCAUCAGGAAUCUAACACCAGCAUCAAUGACUUCUGUACUUCCUCUCAGAUCAUAGAAGAGCCAUAAAAUCUACAAGAAUAUAUAUACUAUUAAAAUGUAACAUUUCAGUAGAAUAUUUCUGUCUCUUUUCAUGUCCUGAGUGCUUCUAAAAUGUGACAAGUUAAGAAGCAGUAUUCUAAACUGCUAAAAAUUUGCUAAAAGCUAAAAGGAAAUCUCAGUAUUCUAUCUGCUUAAUCCUCACAGCUCUAAGAGUGAAAUUAAGAAAUUCUGACCAAUUAUCAACAGGGAGAAAUGAUCAGUUUCUUAAAGGUAAUAUUAGCCAGCAUCAUAAGCUUUGAUCAUAAAGGAAGAAUUGAGAAUCAUAGUUCUUGAAUUAUAUUAUUUAAUUAUAAUACAUUAUUGUAUGUUACUAUAUAAUUUUAUUGUAUAUUACUGUAACUGUCAUUUUCAAUCCUAUUGGAACUAUUUUUUGAAAAUUGUUUCCUAGGAACUGGAUAAAGCCACUGGCAUAUCAUUCAAAUUAUCAAGAAAGUUCUGAAAUAAUCUUUUAUUUAAGGUAGUAAUCUCAAUUUGAGAAUCACAAGGAACAAUUGAGAAUGAAUGUAGUACUUAUGUCUAAAUUAAAUUUUGCGGACUCAAAUUAUGGUUAAAAUAAGAUAUUCUAAAAGGAAGGCUCUCAUAAUAAAGCUUGAUUUUAAAACUGCCAGCAACAUAAAUAAAUUGUUUGUUUAAAUAUUUAAAUUUCUAUUUUAUAUACAUAUGUAUAUAUUUGUAAAUACCACAUGUUUGUGCCUGUGGAUAUACAUAUACACCCAAUUUAAAAAAAAAAAAAGUCCUUUUAGGAGUUGCAAAUGUGUUUUACUUUGUGAUUUGAAUUAUUUCUAAAACUUGAACUCUAUAUUUUUCUUUUUCUUUUUCUUUUUUUUUGCUGAGGCAAUUGGGAUUAAGUGAUUUGCACAGGGUCACACAGUUAGAAAGUGUUAAGUGUUCUAAGGUCAAAUUUGAACUCUGGUCCUUCUGACUUCAGGGCUGGUGCUCUAACCAUUACACCACCUAGCUGCCCCAAACUCAAUAUAUUUUUUUAAAAUACUACCUUUGUGGUUACUUAUAAUUAUGAAAUCUUAAUUUCAUAUGAAAUUAAUUCAAAUUAAAAACUUCAAAAUCCAUUUGAGCUAACAUUUAAAAAAAUUUAAAUGUGUAAAAAAAGUAAUUUAUAUGUAAACUCUGAUUAUUCCAAGUUUAGGGUCUUGUGAAAAUGGUUAAAAAUAAAAGUACUGUAAAUAUAUGUUUGAAAAUAGCAUGUAUGGCCUUAUGUUUAACUUAGUCUAGUGAACGGGCUUUUAAGGAUAUAAAAACCUAACAGAAAUGCCUUAUCAUUAAGCAUACUGCAGCUAUUGAAUUACAAUAAAACAUUGAAUACUUUAAAAACUUUA